AUGGAGGAAAAUCCAGAGCUCAACGCCUUCAGACGGCAGUGGCGCGAAGAAGUAACUCGACGACACCAGACAACUGCUGCCCCGCAACAACCACAGUCCACUCCCAGCCAGAAUAUUCCACCAAGUGCUACCUCGCAUCUGGAUCAUCUUCCGCCUACCAAACACGAGGCCGCUGAUCGGAAAGAUGAUGUCGAAGAAGAGGAUUUGGGUCGGGACUAUGGCGAAUUUGUGCAGCGCACAGAGGCCUUGACUUUGCGGUCAGCUGAUGAUGAUGGCUUUCAGCGUGUGGCGCAGAAGGAACCCCGAUCGGCGUUGGAACAUUUUGAGAAGGCUGUAGAGAAGGAAGCGGAGGGUAACUUAGGCGAUAGUUUAGCCCACUAUCGUAAGGCUUAUAGACUGGAUGCGGCAAUCGAUCAGAAAUAUCGCAAGAAGCAUUUCCCUGCGAAGCAGGCACCCGCUCAGCCCGCCGCAACUAGCACAUCUGAGCCAUCCAGGCCUACAAAAGAGAAGGCGGAGGAUGUUGAGACUUUACCUACUCCGGAGUUGAUUCUUUCCUUCGCAAACCUGCCAAUCCCCCAAGCCCAACCUUUCAUCGAGGGCGACCCAGCUCCGCCAUGCCCCAUUGCGAAUGUUCCAAACGAGAUUCUAAUAGAGAUUCUCGAACAUGUCGCUUACAUGGAUCCGGCAUCAUUUGGGCGUAUGUCUUUAGUGUGCAAACGUUUUGCUUAUCACUUCGCUCAUGAGCAACAUAUUUGGAAAAGACUCUGUCAAGGACGUGAAUUUGGAUUCGGAAGCAUGCACUACUCAUUUAAUUGCGACGUACUCGGUGACAUUUACCACUCUUUCACUCCCCGCUACACACCAUUUCCAAUAGGAACCGCAGUGUCAAUUCCUGAAUCUCUUUCCUCAUGGAGUCAAGUGUUUCAAACAUUUCCCCGGAUCAGAUUCACCGGGAUAUAUAUCAGCACUGUCAACUAUACACGACCUGGAGGAGCAUCCUCUUACGCCAAUGCGGCUUGGACCGACCCAAUUCAUAUCGUGACAUACUACCGGUACCUGCGCUUUUACCCGGACGGGACGGUCAUUUCUCUUCUCACUACGACCGAGCCUGUCGAUGUUGUUCCUCACAUCAGCAAGGAAAAUGUUGCUACCUCUAUUUUGAUUCGCCAUCCUAAUAAGAAGAGGACGGAUACAGGAUUGCACGAACCAUCGACCAGUGGCGCCCCAGUGCCAACCGUUGCCAUCCAAGCUCUGAAAUAUGCUCUACGAGGUCGCUGGCACCUCACACGACCAACAAGUGAGGAACCACACAACUCCGAAAUAGGAGAUCGUCUUCAUUCACCGCUUUCCACAAAAAACGAAGGCAUGGGCACUGACCCCCGAGAUCUCAUUAUUGAAACCGAAGGUGUAGAUCCCAAAUACACAUAUGUUCUGCACUUGGGGCUGCGGUCAUCUAACCCAGCCCGCGCUGUAGGCGCUACCAAGACCCCGCUGAACGUUUCGAAGAAUACGAAACUAGUCUGGAAGGGCUUUUGGAGUUAUAACAAGCUCACUGAUGACUGGGGUGAGUUUGGACUGCGAAAUGAUCGCUCGUUUACAUUUAGACGUGUUCGUGGUUGGGGGCUUUAG